AUCAAUUUAAAUGUCAAGCUGUCAAUGUCAAAGAAAAGAAUGGAAAAAUAAAGAAAUGUCUUGUCUGCAACAAAGUCUCGAAUAAAAAAACUUUCAUGUUGGUAUGGUACCUAGCACUUUUAAUUUUGCAGAAUACUUUGAGUGAUCGUUUAUUGAUGUCGUAAUUGCCAACAAAUUUAAUUAUUAUUAGAAAGCGUUCAAUUUUCUUUCCUGGCCUUUUAUAUAUAAUGCUAGGCACAAGUUGACAUUACGUUUUUGCUUUUAACUGAGAGUUAAACGUGAAGUUAUGAUUUGUAAACAUUCAUAAUCUAAGUUGGAAAAAUGUAUGGAAGUAACGGAUCUGAUUUGCCUCCCGUGAAGGAGGACACGUUUUGUAAAUACGUGCUAUACUAUGAAAUAAACAAUUCCAGGGUCCGUAUCUGGGAUUUGAUCAUUCUUAUACCAAAUGCUCUCUUUGUGCUUUUCCUAGUGGCUAGGUUUAAUAAGGCUCAAUUAAAGCUUCGUGCCACUAGUAGCCCUAUAUUUUUAACGUUCUAUGCAUUGGUCUGGGGUAACGUGAUAAUAAGUCUGGUGAGAUGUGCAGUUUCAAUGACUGUUAAUGCAGCAAUGCCUUUGGGAGGGCUUAUCGAUAAGAUUUUGUGGGUAAUGGUCAGGUUUUUUCUACUUGCAACAGAAAUGAGUGUUGUAAUAUUUGGAUUAGCUUUUGGUCAUCUUGACAGUCGCAGCAGUAUAAGAUAUGUAUUACUGGCAACAUCCCUUAUAUCGUUAGCCUUUACGGUAACACAAGGCACAUUGGAAAUUGUGAUGCCAGAUGAUAUGUUCCAUAUUGAAACCAGAGAUUAUGACCUCUUUGGCCACGGAGGGAUGCUUUUCUGGUUUACAUCAUCUGUAGUGUUUGCAAUUAUUUAUUUUGUGAUUCUUUUGCUGCCUUGGAUCCCACUACGAGAAUAUUUAGCAUUACCAUCAAAGCUCUCGUUCUACCUGUAUGUGUUCUUGCUGGCGCUAUUGGACGCUACUCAAGCGGUUGGAGCGGGACUCCUGGCCUGGGGUGAUAUGCAAUCUGGAUUGUGUGUAGUUGAUGUUACAACGUGGUUAUACUUUUCUCUAUACACUCCACUGGUUUAUCACACAUUUCUAAGCGAAUUUUUCAGUGUGUCACAACCAAGCAUAAUGUUCUCGUACAAGGCUCAAAUGGACGAGCCAAUGGACGACGAUCAAGUAUCUCUUCCUCACCAGCAGAGCUUCAGUUCUCUCAAAACAGAUUCAGAUUACAUCUAUCAACAGAGUAACAGCGUCUACGACAGCACAUUGUUUGAGGCCGGUGGAACGACCCCCAUGAAUCCUGCGUACAGUGCUUCACUACAGAGUCCGGAUUCAAUAGCUUCCGCUCAGUCUAUUGACACCGGUGCUCCGAUUUCCGGCUUCCACAGCCAGAAUAUACCGUCAACAUAACAACAAAAACGGCAUUACGCCUCGUUCUCUGUCAAUACUACACAUCCAAAGAAAAAACAUUACUAAUUGUAAGAUGUAUUAGUAAACUGUAUGUGAGGGCUCGCUGUGCGUACCUUUGCAUUAGCGUGUUGAAAUGUGUGUCGGAAUGUACUAUUUCUGAUGUUUCCGGAAAUGUAUAUAAGCGGGUCGUGUUGAAUUAAAUUAGUAUUUGAUUUGAUUUAGGUGCAGAUAAUGGUAGUUUUCCAAUUACAGCACAAGAGCGCAUUAUGCGGCAUAAUGCUCAACGUUGAAUGUUCCAACUACAGCAACUCGAAGCACAAUCGAGCACUCUCAAAAGUACUGCUCUCGCGUGAUACUCGCAAUCGAUACCGACUCAGUGACAGAAAAUUUACAAGUGUUUUUUCUUUAAGUUGGCAUUGAUCGAAAUUCUGUUUAUAUUAUCGUUAGUAAUAUUAUUUAAUGUUGAAAAAAAUUGUAAGGCUUUCGUUUUGUCGUAGUUUCUUAGAAAUAAUCAAUGUUAAUUAAAACUGUGCUAACUUAGCGCACUCUGCUGAUGCAUUUGAAAACUAAUUCACGUUCCAAUUAAGCUUCAGCAUAAUUCGGCAUUGUGCGUCACUGAGUCGCAUUAUGCUCUGUAAUUGGAAAACUACCAUAAUGUCUGGGGCUGCUCAUUAAAACUUACCAAAUAGAGGCUUCGAAAAAUACAUACAUCAAAUUAUGUAAGUCUAUGCUGCGAAACUUCUGUUCGAUUUUGGGGUUCACAUUUUGAAAUCUCCCGCCAACUUGCCCGGUACCCGCGCAAUCUACUGAGCGCGACACUAGCGCUACGUGUUGCCGCAGUUUGUGCAACAUUUGAAAAAGGAGUCGUGAAAUCUUUGAGCAGUUGGCGGUAAGUCCGUAAUUCUUUAAAUCUUUAAAAUAUCAUAAAACUGAGCUAUCGUACAACUUCAAAAGGUCGAUAUCAUUAGGAUCGCCUGCGACUUGAAAUUAUUUCCUUUAUUUAUCAUAACGGUAUUCGAUUUUACAAUCGAUUUUCAAUUACGCAAUACAAUCGAAUCAUAUUGACAACUUGUAUGUAUGUUAUAAUAUAAUUUUAAACAUAAUAUAUUAUAUGGUAGGUAUGUAUGAUCUCCGGAUCGAGCGUAACGACCUCUAUAUUGCUAAAUUAGUGUCGUAAUUGAUCCAUCCACAGAUGACAUUAGAUUUACAAAGAAAUAAAUAAUAUAUACUUAAUAGGUACAUAAUAGGCAUUAAUUAGAACUUCUGAAAUAUAUUUUGUCACUUCUUUAUUCUAACGCGGUAAUAUUACUACUAUCUUUAAAAUUAAUUCUUUUGUUUAAUAUUUUCACAUGCUUUUUAUACCCUUUGAGUGUUUAUAUCGAUUAACAAAAAUCGAACGAUGCCGAAAAUAGUUUAUCCCCAUUUAUUUUAAUUGUUGCGUUGACUAGGGUUUUUAAUAUCAUUGAUUCUUACCAGUCUUGAGUUAAGCUAUGAUUAGUUUUUAAGCAUUUUUUUUUUUUUUUAAGCAUAGUUUAUUUGUCUUAACCUUUCAUUUUGUACGUUAGUGAUAAAAAUAAUUUGAAGUAUUGUAUUGAUGAUUAAUAAUGAGUACCUUAAUGAUUAAAUUCAGCUAUCCGUUCACCAAACAUAACAUAUAAAUAUAAAAUGUUUACCAGUAUUCUUAGGUAACGAAUAAUAAUUAAAGCUAAAUCUCUAGCUUAGUCCAAUUAUAUCUAGAGUUUACAUCGAAUAUCUCAUUCUAACCACACCAACAUACCAUUAGCCGAUAUAACAUCAUGAAUUGUGAUUAUUAUCGAAGUCACGAAUCGUUAAUAUUUCAACAUUUUAAUUUUAUUAUUGUUGUAUUUAUUUCCCAAAUAAUAUUAUAUCGAUCAUAAAAAUCUAUAAAGUUUCGAUAUUGAAGUGUUACUUUUGCCCGUUUGUCUAUUUCUAAUACUAUAUUAAAAUAGAUACCAGCUAAACUAUGGAAUAAAACGAUUUUAUGUAUUGUUGGAAUCUCAUAAUAGACAUCAGCUCUAUCUUUAUGGUUAUCUUUGUGUUUCACUUUUUGACUAAUUCUUCGUCUCGUUAUGUUUGUUAUAAACGAACCAAAUCGAUGCCUCCAAUGAAAACCUACUCUAACUCAACAUUUUGAAAUUUUCGUUUUUCUUGCAAAUCGCUUCACUAUGUUAAAAGUAUUACAAUUAAUAAUUAUUGAUGGGGCUCGAAGCAAGAGUAAAUCAGCUAGUUACACAAAAAAAACAUAAAUGAGUCGUCUAUUAUCAAAGGUGGCAAUCUGUGCAUUUGGACAAAAAAAUAUUAUUGAUAUGUCAAUACAGAUUGAUCUGAAUAUAAUCGUCUCCUUCAAAGAAUACGGUUCAAAACCUGCAUUAAAUAAAGGUUAAUACUUAACCUGUUAUUUAUCUAAGAUGUCGUUCCGAAGAGUUUUGUGACUGCCAAUGGAAUACAAAGUCAAUAAUUCGUUUUUCUGAUUUACCAAUAAUUGUCCAAGUCAGAUUGCCGGCUUUGAUAAUAGUCGACUCAAUUAAUCAUUAUUGAUGGGGUUCGAAGCAAGAGUAAAUCAGCUAGUUACACAAAAAAAAAACCAUAAAUAUAUCUGCAAUAAUAAAGAUUUUAUCAACUUUUUUCGUUUAAACGCUCCUCCAGUAAAUCUACGAAUUUGGAGUUAGCGUAGUGUUCAUUGGAGGCAUCGAUUAAUGUAGGAAACGCGGUCUAUUACGUAUAACUGUUGUAUUGAUGACGAUUUACGUACUAUAUCCCAAUAAAACUGUCAAUUUCUAUGCGUUUAGAAAUAUCAGUAAAAAUUACCGAAAUUUGUGAAGAAUUCUGCUGUAAGUGAAUGUUUUUUAAUAAGGAGUAUAAUUUAAUAUAUUGUGUUUCAUGCGAUUGUACUAAACGUUAAUCAAAUGUUAUGGAGGCAUAGUUUUUACAUUUUUAUUUAAAGCAAUAGUUUUACUUAGGCCAUGUCGGAACGAUCUUCUGUAUAUAAAAUUCUAUUUAUGAAACACUUCGACCAAAAUUGACUAAAUUUGAUAUUUUAGGACUUACUUAUCUUACUUUAUUUCAGUUAAUUUAAAUUGGUCCUGCUCUAAGAAUAAUAAAACUAUGGAAUAGUAACUCGCCUACAAUUGCACUUUAGAUUAUGGUUCCAUUUACGCACACAAAGAAAAGCAAAUACAACGAACACUCACACUCUUUCACGCUUGCACGCGAUUGGCCGCGCCAAGGUCACGGUCCGCAAGCUCCACCCAGCGCACCCUUAUGACGAUGACGUUAUGCAGUAAUAAUUAAUUCAUAAAAUAUUUUCUCGUUUUUUUAUUAAAUGACUUUAUUAGCGCAAUAAAGAUAAAUGCAGUUUAUAAGUUAGUACAUGAGAUAAGAAUAUGAUAAUUAAACUUAAAAUCAAUAAUACUACUACUACUAGCAUACAAGGUGUAAGGCACACGACUUCCACUUUCAAGUAUGUACAUGGCCUCUUUUUGAAAGUGUAUGCUUCAUAUUGUGCUAUUUUUGCAAUGCGUCCAAUUCAUUUCUUUCCAACCGAACUAUCACAAGCGGCUAUCCAUUGUUUACGUUGAAUUUCAUUUGUCGGAAAUCUGCAGUAAUAAAACCAUUUGUUAUCGCUGCAUAAUAUCAUACUUGUUACUUAAAUAAAACUUGUUUUAUCUGAGCAGUAUAAACAACUACUACUUCAUAGAAAAAGUAAUCGUACAUAUUGCAUAACACUAUCCAUCAUCAAUACUAUGAAAUUUUACGAUGUUUGUAUACUUACUUAUGAAAGCUAAUUCCACUGUUUUUCAUAUCUGUAUGGCUUUUACACCAUUUCACGACACAAUAUUGCAUACUGGCAAAAUUAAAAGGCGCAAAAUAAUAAUUAUCUGGUCAACCGAAAACUGACGCAACACGACCGCACGACACGAGUGCCACAGCGAACUGGCGCGCCGUUCUGUAGCUAUUUUAAGCCCCGCCCUCCGCGGUAACUAUUUACGUGGAACCAUUUUUGAAGCGUAAUUACUUUUUUAAAGUUUUAUUAUUCGUAGGUCCUGCUGGUUUUUAUACUUUUAUUCUUUUCGAUAAAUCGGUGAAAAACACAACCCUAUCCAUGUGCCUGAGUUACGGGAUAUUUAUCACAACUAAUAUUUUUCCUUUUAAUGUCGCAAUUGUCUGAUACAUAACUGGCUAAUUCUCAUGUUUUGGAUUUUUUAUUAUUUCUUCACGGAACUAAGGGGCAUCCGAAGUCAUUUUUAAUACACAACUGUGUGAUGAAAUUGUGCUACGUAAUAAGUUAAAGGUAUUUCAAAAUUACUACUUUGUAAUAAAUGAUAUUUUAGGAUUGCCUGUGGUUACGGCGCCAGGUUAAUCACUCAACUAAACAUAAAUAUUUGUCGCUUCGUAAAUUUUACUGUGUGCUUAGUGCGAGUUUUUUAACUUCUUUAUCCUAUAAAAGUCAACUCAAAUUUAUAUAGAGUUGUAACAACGCCCCUAGCGACAAACGUAGUUUCAACUCCAUAUUAUUAUAACGCUGUUCUAACUCCAUACAAAUUUGAAUUAAGUUCUACGCGAUCGAAAAGUAAAAAAACUCGCACUAAGCACACUGAAGCUGGCAUACCCCUUUCCCUGCGCUUGGAGACCGUGGAUGCCGCAUGUGAUAAUUUCUAACUAUACCCGAUGAAAUAAUAAAAAUAAUAGUCUUAGUGUUAAGUAAAUUCAUACAAUCUUAUUACAAUUUCAGAAUCCACUAUCUCAAACUAGUCUUCAUGGCCACUUAAUUAAAGAGUAUAUUUGACUAGACUUUUGGAAUAGUGCUUUUUAAGCGAUAAUGGUUGUAGGUCUGUAACUUUUCUACAUAAUGUAUUUUUUUUUUCAUGUUUGGCAUCUAUUUUAUUGUAUUUAGUUCAAACGUAUCAAACUGAGCGAUCAAUUAAAGAUAGGUAUCUACAUAUCGAUACGAAAGUUUUUAACAAAGUGCAAUGGCCAGUAAGUAGGUAUGUUUUCGUUGCGUAUCCAGAAUGCUUUGGUUUGAAAAAUGUUCGCAAGUACCUAUAGCUGUUACUUCAAAACUAUCCUGAGCGGCAUUCACGUUGUCAUUUCAAUGGGAUCCGAUACACCAGGCGAGCCAUGAUCUGAAUUAUCCAGCUAAAUUAUUUAAAAAAAAAAAGUCUCCAAAAAGUGGUCUAUUUUAAAAAAAAUAUUCAAUCAGAGUAGAAAAUACAGAGUCAACCAGGACAAUUUUAAACAAAUAAGUUUAAUGUAAAAGUUUCAUUCGAUAACUUUUUAACUCUGACUUGGUGUAAUUAAGAUGCAGUAAAUAAUAAUAUCGAAACUUUGGAAACUACCUGGUUGACUAUAUUAUGUAAUACCGUAUAGUUGUGAUUUGUGCAAUGAGUAUUGUAAUAGAUUCGUUUUUUUUUUAUCAAUGUUUUGCUAUGAAUGUAUAAACUUCUUAAUUGAUUUUAUAUUUUAGUGGAGCUCGUUUUGUUCUGUGAUCGUAUAUUUACCUCUAUUAUAAUUUUGUUGUAAAUUUUAUGGGUGUGAAUAGGAAUUUGAGUAAAAAUAAUUUAAGUAAUAUUAAUUUUUAUACAUCUACGAAUAAUUUGACUGUGAUCAUUUCCUUUAUUAUGUUAUGAAUUCUAAACUAUUUAGGCACGUAUGAAAGUUUCUACAAUAAUUCUUAAAUGAACAUUUACAUACUACUUUGGGAUGGCAUAUUUUUUAUCAAACAAAAACAGUGACUAAAUAAUAUGAAUUGUAUUAAAGUUUGCCUACUCCUAGAUGCAAAGCAAAAGUCAAUUCUCGAAUUAUACACGUUAGUUUUUUUUUGCUGUGAUGGUCCAAAUUUUAUGUAAAGCUAUAUUAUAUUUUUGUUGAUGGUAGAUGUUUUUUUUUCUUUAAAUAAAAUACUUUUAAGUAA